GAUGAAAACUGCUCUGUUCCUCUUAGCACUCAUUUGCUUCGCAGCUGCUGACGAUAUCUUCUUGGGAGAAGAUCACGAAGCAGGUCUUAUUGAGCUCGAGAAAGGAGACGACAUGUUCUACUGGCUCUUCAGAUCAAGAGACGUACCAGAGAAAGAUCCUUUGGUCUUGUGGCUCACCGGUGGUCCAGGAUGCUCUUCCGAAGUUGCACUAUUCUAUGAAAACGGACCCUUCAUUAUUCAAGAUGACUUGACUUUGGAGAAGAACCAAUACUCCUGGAAUGAAGUCUCAAACUUGCUCUAUAUUGAUCAGCCAUUAGGAACUGGAUUCAGUAGAACAGACAAGCCAGAUCACUAUGCCAGAAAUGAAAAGAUGGUUGCCAAAACCAUGUAUAAGUUCUUAACUUUGUUCAUUGAGAAAUAUCCAGAGUUCAGAGGAAGAGAUUUCUUUAUUACUGGAGAGAGUUAUGCCGGACACUACAUCCCAGCCAUCACUGCCUACAUUGCUGAACAAGGAAACCCAGAUAUUAACUUGGUUUCAUCUGCUAUUGGAAACGGUCUGGUAGAUCCUUAUGUCCAAUAUCCAGAAUAUAACAAGUUCUCCUAUGAGAACAACUUGAUUGGUGGUAUCCAUAGUACUAUCUUGACUGCUGGAUUCAAGCUCUGUCAGGGACUCAUCUGGACUAAAAUCUGGCCUUUGGCUUUGAUGGAGUGCCAGAUCAUGACCACUACCAUCUUGGGAUUCCCUCUCAGUCCAAACUUCAACGUUUAUGAUAUUAGAAGGAAAUGCGAAGUUCCCCCAUUGUGUUACGAUUUCGCACUUUUGGAUAAGUUUAUUGAUCUCCCUGAAGUAAGAGAGUUCUUGGGUGUUGGAAAGAGAGCCUGGAGCAGCUGCAAUCAGGUUGUACAUACCUUCAUGCUCGGAGAUUGGAUGGUUGACCUUUCAUCCAAGGUUAAGUACGCCCUUGAGAACGACAUUAAGAUCCUUGUGUACUCAGGAGACAAAGAUUUCAUCUGUAACUGGAGAGGAGGUGAGGCUUGGACUCACGCUCUCGAAUGGCAAGGAAGAGAAGACUUCCAUUCUAACGAGUACCAAAAAUGGACUGUUGACGAUGAAGAAGCUGGAGAAUUCAAGCAAGCUAACGGUCUCACCUUCCUCAGAGUCUACGACGCUGGUCACAUGGUCCCAAUGGAUCAACCAAAGAGAUCCCUGGAAAUGUUGAAGAAAUUCAUCAACCUUGAGUUUUAA